UAGCAAAUCAAAGAGCCAAGGUCGUGAUAAUUGUGAUGUACUCUCUGAGCCAAGCUCCAGCUUCCCCUCCUUCAUCCCCUCCGCAACCAGAACAGGCCCCACGCCAUCUCCACAUGUCUCGCUCUCGGCAUGACCGUUCAAUUGCGUCGAAGACUUCCAGAAGACGCACAAACUCGGGAGUGGGCCGGCCCCUCUAACUCUAUCCGGACUCGUGCGAUGCACGCAACCAGAUCCAGAAGGAUCAUGGAAGCAAAGCCGCGUUUCCGUUUCCUUGCUGCCAGCUUCACCAGCUUAAACCUUCAUGUCCUCUGGCAGCUUUUCUUGCAAAUUCACCACCGUGCGCCCUUAUUUAUGUGCUCAAGUCGACAUUUGGAGAAUUUGGCGAUCGGGACGUACGGUCGUUUCCGGACCCGGCGAUGAGAGUUCAAUCGUCGUGUUGGUGCGAUAAUAAUAACAUGAUGAUACCAGAACGGACCCCAGCCGGUUGCUGUUUGGAAUUGCGAUUGACCGGUGCGAGUUGGAGUUACCGUAGGGUUCUCUCCAUGAAACUAACGCCGACAGCGUGCGCGAGGUCGUGAAGCCUGUGUGGGUUCUGACGGUAAAUCAACAUAUUUCCCGGCAACAGGAUCGGAACCGGGGAGACAACCUCUGGCUGCUGCCGUCAACAGUGAAAGGUAGAUAGGUAUUCUGGCGAUAUCCGUAUCUUGGACCUACCUGAGCUCGACAGGCGACUUCAAUUUCAAUACCAUCCGGCCUGUAUCUGGCAUUCAAAAAACAACACAUUCCGCCUCACGGCCAAGGAUGUCCGUUAUGCUCCGUACGAGCAAAGGAAACCGAAGGCCUACGGAGUUGCUUUGAUGGUCUUCUCUCUUGCGCUCAUAUCAAGCAUUUUCCAAGUACUC